AGUCUGACCAGGUACGCUUGGACACGGCCAGCAGCUCGGUGGCGCAGUGGAAGGGCUAGCCGCCCUCCUGGCAGAGGGAGGAUAGAGCUCGCCCCGCCCGGACAGCCAGCCUGGUGGCCUUGCUGCUCCUCUAGGCGGGGGAUGAACAGGUGCGCGGGCGGGGGGUGGCGCUUGGGGAUCCUGCGCACUGCGCGUGCCCCUCCCCCGCAGCUUGGCGCAGCCCUGGCCAGGCGCGAGCAGCGGGAGGAGGAGCUGCGGCUGUGGCCACCGGGGUAAGUCCGCGGCACCGCUGGAAGCUGCCGACGGCGCGAGCUGGUCCCCGCGUGGAAGAGGCACGGGCGACCCGGAGUCAUGGAGCCUAGUGACGCGGCGCGCCCGGGUCCCGGGAGAGCUUUUCGGGGGCUGUCGCCGCGGCUGCUGCUGCUGCCACUGUUGCCUGUGCUGCUGGGUCGGGGGCUGCGGGCUGGGGCCGCGGCCUCCUCUGGGGCGGCGGCUGAGGACAGCAGCGCCAUGGAGGAGCUUGCCACCGAGAAGGAGGCGGAGGAGAGCCACCGGCAGGACAGCGUGAGCCUGCUCACCUUCAUCCUGCUGCUCACCCUCACCAUCCUCACCAUCUGGCUUUUCAAGCACCGCCGGGUGCGUUUCCUUCAUGAGACCGGGCUGGCCAUGAUUUAUGGGCUCAUUGUUGGAGUGAUCCUGAGAUAUGGCACCCCUGCUACCAGCGGUCAUGACAAGUCACUCAGCUGUACUCAGGAAGACAGAGCCUUUAGCACUUUAUUAGUGAAUGUCAGUGGGAAGUUCUUUGAAUACACUCUGAAAGGAGAAAUCAGCCCUGGCAAGAUCAACAACGUGGAGCAGAAUGACAUGCUGCGGAAGGUAACAUUUGAUCCAGAGGUAUUUUUCAACAUUCUGCUGCCUCCAAUUAUUUUCCAUGCUGGAUACAGCUUAAAGAAGAGACACUUUUUCAGAAAUCUUGGGUCGAUUCUGGCCUAUGCUUUCUUGGGGACUGCUGUUUCUUGCUUCAUUAUUGGAAAUCUUAUGUAUGGAGUGGUGAAACUCAUGAAGAUUGUGGGCCAGCUCUCUGAUAAAUUUUACUACACAGAUUGUCUCUUUUUUGGAGCAAUUAUUUCUGCCACUGACCCAGUGACUGUGCUGGCAAUCUUUAACGAACUACAUGCAGAUGUGGAUCUUUAUGCUCUUCUGUUUGGAGAGAGUGUCCUGAAUGAUGCAGUUGCCAUUGUACUAUCCUCGUCUAUUGUUGCCUAUCAACCAGCAGGACUAAACACUCAUGCGUUUGAUGCUGCUGCCUUUUUUAAGUCAGUUGGCAUUUUCCUAGGUAUAUUUAGUGGCUCUUUUACCAUGGGAGCUGUAACUGGUGUUGUUACUGCUCUAGUGACCAAGUUUACUAAGCUGCACUGCUUCCCCCUGCUGGAGACAGCGCUUUUUUUCCUGAUGUCCUGGAGUACCUUUCUCCUGGCGGAAGCCUGUGGGUUUACAGGUGUUGUAGCUGUCCUUUUCUGUGGGAUUACACAAGCUCAUUACACAUAUAACAACCUGUCAGUAGAAUCUCGAAGUCGAAGCAAGCAGCUUUUUGAGGUGUUACACUUCCUGGCAGAGAACUUCAUCUUUUCCUACAUGGGCCUGGCACUGUUCACCUUCCAGAAACACGUUUUCAGCCCCAUUUUCAUCAUCGGUGCUUUUGUUGCCAUCUUCCUGGGAAGAGCUGCACAUAUCUACCCACUCUCCUUCUUCCUCAACUUGGGCAGAAGGCAUAAGAUUGGCUGGAAUUUUCAACACAUGAUGAUGUUUUCAGGCCUGAGAGGAGCGAUGGCAUUUGCACUGGCUAUCCGUGACACGGCAUCGUAUGCCCGCCAGAUGAUGUUCACAACCACACUGCUCAUUGUCUUCUUCACUGUGUGGGUCAUUGGUGGAGGCACGACACCCAUGUUGUCAUGGCUCAAUAUAAGAGUCGGUGUUGACCCAGAUCAAGACCCACCACCUAACAAUGACAGCUUUCAAGUCUUACAAGGGGAUGGCAUGGAUUCUGUUGGAGGAAGCCGGACAAAGCAGGAAAGUGCAUGGAUAUUCAGGCUGUGGUACAUCUUUGAUCAUAAUUACUUGAAGCCCAUUCUCACCCACAGUGGUCCCCCGCUAACCACCACUCUCCCUGCCUGGUGUGGCUUGCUAGCUCGAUGUCUGACCAGUCCUCAGGUGUAUGAUAAUCAAGAGCCACUGAGAGAAGAUGACUCUGAUUUCAUCCUAACGGAAGGUGACCUCACCUUGACCUAUGGGGAUAGCACCGUGACAGCAAAUGGCUCCUCAAGCUCCUACACAGCCUCCACAAGUCUCGAGUGUGGUCGGAGAACAAAAAGCAGCUCUGAGGAAGUACUUGAGCGAGACCUGGGAAUGGGAGACCAGAAGGUUUCCAGCCGGGGAACCCCCCUCGUGUUUCCACUGCAGGAAAAUGCAUGACUUACCUGUAAAUCCUGAGGGAUCAGGGAGGCUCUUAUAAGGGUGAGGAUGGCCAAAUGCCCAAGUGUGUUUGAUGUGUUGUAUUGACCAUGUUAAGACUAUUGCUUCUGUUUCAGUGGGGCCUGAAACUAUCUUACCACUCAAAACUUAACUCAAGACUCAGAUGGUAAAGCUGAAGUGUCUCUAAAUUAAACACAAAUGCAGACCUAUUCCCACUUUUUCACAUAGUAGUACACUAUUUCAGAGUUAAACAAAACAACAGCAUGCUUUACUGGUCUCUCUCUUCAUCCUCCUGUAGUAUCUGAGCAUGGUGGGGCAGAUAAGGGGCUUCAUCGCUAUGCUAUAGUGCCAGUCUAGCUGGCUCAAGAAACAUCAAAUUGGGAGGACAAGUUAGACAAAUGACAGUGAAGAAAAGAAACUGAGAUCAGAAUUCCAGUGGUGCCAGAUGCUGGUGUUGCACCAGAUGCUGGAGCCUCUGGCUCUGAAGACUUACAUAGCUACAUCUUCCUGUCACAGUCUUGCCUGUUCAAGUUGUGUUGCUCCUAGACUGAGGAUUAGGAAGCAGGCCCAUAGGCUGGGACCUUAGGUCAGUGGGAGAGUACUAGAGCCUACAGCUCACCAGAUCCUGGGACUGCAAAAAUUGUGUGUGUGCACAGGGGUUUUCCAAGAGCAUUUCAAUAUGGGAGUUGGGGAAAGUCUAGUUCCUUCUCUUAGAAUCUCUAUAAAAGAGUUACUGAAAUGUUAAAAACCAAAGGCAAAACACGUUCUGUUCUGUUUUAGUUAAACUGAGGGCAGAAGGUAUUGGGAAAUUGCUGAUGAUACCAUAGCAGUACUCACUUGACUUUUGAGGUUACCAUGUGAGCCCACUGCCUAGAAGGUAACAUACGGACUAAGGCGUUGUCCAGCACAGGGUUUAAGAUAGCAUGGAUAUUGCUGUUAUCUGGGGAAGAGAAGGCAGCAAGAAACAGAAGUGGCCAUAGACUAUAGUUUGGGGAAAGAGAUUUUAAUGUGAAAAGAAUAACCUGCAAAGAAAAGAAAAGAUGGAAGUCUUUAUUUUAUUUUGCAUACAUUUUGCUUUAAAACAUCCAAAAGUAAUUCCAAAAUCACACUACAUAAAAUAUAGAACUUGCUUUGUUAUAAAUUAUAAAAAUAUGCGUGUUCAAGUAAAUGCUGAGUUUCCAAUGCCAACUAUCUUUAGGACAAAAACUUCAAUACUUAUAAUAAUUACUUUUACAUUGGCAUUAUUUUCAAUACUUAGAAGAUGAAAAUCAUUCUUAUGCUUUGUUUCAACCUAAACUUUUGUUACUAAAAAUACAUAGCCAAAGCCUUUUAAAUGAGCUAGUAUUUCUGCUCUUUAAGGAUAGACAGGAAAGUCCAAAAACAAAGCAAGCAAGCAAGCAAGCAAACAACCCCCAAAACCUGACUUUUAAAAACUAUUAGGUAGCUGGCAUUUUGACUACACCUUACUUUGUGAAAUUUGAUAACUCCAGGAAUCAAAGAUGGGUCAUCUUUUUGUAUAUGAUUUGGUGUUGGCCAAGGAGCAUCCACUGUAGCAACCUUCCUGUGGGCCAGGUUCUUGUUCCACUUCUGAGUUUUGAACAUUUUGUUUCCAGGCUGACUUUGUUUACUUUCUACAGGAAUUAUGUAUGAUACAUUCAGCUAUGUACCAAUAGAUAGGAUCAUAUCUGCCUAAAGUCUGAAGUAGAAGGUGAAGCAGGACGAGGUUUAGUCAGAUUCAUCCUGCAAUCUGGAAGAACUUCUGGAUAUACUUUGCUGUAUAUACAGAAUAUACAAUGAACUUCCCUAAGAUUUUCCAAAUCAGAACUUCUCCAGAAAGCGCUAGUAGUCAAAGACAGUACUAUUUUUAAAAUAUUGCUUUAACCAACUAGCUUUUCCUUCAAUUCCAGAUGAAACCCUGCUUCUGUAAAGCUUCUUUGUCUAAAAGCAACAUCGCAAGCAGCAGUGAGAAGCUGCUGGAAAUGCUGCUCUUUUGACCAUUUCUUUUCAUUGCUGAAUCUCUAACUCCAGCUUCCUGAGUUUCUUGAAUGUUCAUAGUCUUGUCAUGAAAAUACAGCUUCAUCAUUCAAAUCUUCUCAGCAAACAUUGUGUGGCUUGCUUAUCAAGUUUUCUGUAUGACUUCAGUAUUCUCCACCAUUUCCUUGUGUGCUUUAAAGCUGCUCUCUCAAGAUUUUAUGGGAAAGGCCCACAUGCUCAGUCUGUUCACCUCCCUAGUACGGUCUCCUGUCAGGUAAUUUCCUGUAUCAAUCAUCUGCUGUUGCUCCGUGUUUCCUUUUGAGGGGAAGAAAUUCAGCAUCCCCCACUAGAAUUUGUUGCUGAUGAUAUUUAUAAUAAUUCAGAUGAAUAGUUUCCUCUUUGUAACUCACUUCUCUUUUGCCCAUUCUCUGGGAGCCUAUGUUUACAUCAGUUCUCCUCAAAGAAUUCAUAAUGGCUGUGGUUGAUUUUCAUUCUUCUCAUUCCUAAUAAGUUGAUGAGGACAGGCCUUUAUAUAGUCAUGCUCUUGUUCUCUUAUAUAUUUGUACUGAGUAGCUUAGUCUGCAACAUGACUUAGUAAAUAGUUUACAUCAUCUUUCUCCUAUUUCAGUAGAUUCUUGUUCCUUCCUCAUAAGCCCCCUUCUCCUGAAGUCUGGCACUUCCCUCCUGGAGGAUUCUAGUUGCUCCCUGAGUUGCUUAGCAGAUCUGCAGAUGACCCACAGCACCUCCUAGCUUCAGAUUCUUUGUUUUCACUUUUGUUUGUUUGUUUGUUGUUUUUCGAGACAGGGUUUUUCUGUAUAGCCCUGGCUGUCCUGGAACUCACUUUGUAGACCAAGCUGGCCUUGAACUCAGAAAUCCACCUGACUUUGCCUCCUGAGUGCUGGGAUUAAAGGCGUGUGCCACCACGCCUGGCUUCACAUUUUUCCAUGCUACAAGAUUUCUCCUAUGAGGGACAAGUAGCUCCAGAGAGUCUAAAACAGAAACUAUACUUUAUUCUUUCUUUGUUCUUUUACUCUUGGAUUCUCCAUGUAAUUAAUGGAAACUAAAAGUAAUCAACUCUUGAUCAAGAUAUGGAUGGGUCAAUAUUUGCUUCUGUGUAUACUAAGUGAUAAAGGCAUUUGCCAUUGACAAUAAGCUUGCUUGAGACAUCUUUAUUUCCAACGUAUACUAAGAGAUAUUUUUGCUUUCUGCCAUCAGAUCUGGAACUAUCCCAUUCAUCCAGUCUCCAUCAUUGGGGUAUCUGAUGAGCCCAUUAUAGCAAUGAAACUCUUAGAACAGCUGCUGUGAUACAGACAUCUCCAUCAAGGCCCCAGUGCUUCAGAGUCAGUACUACCUUCUGCAGUUCUAUAAGCAGCACAGGAAUUAAAGGAAACAGUGUACACUGGAACUGCCUGCUCCUGUAGUACUGUGGACUUCUAUUCUGCCUGAUGAGGCCAGCUGUGCUCCAUAGAUGUGUUAAGACCUAUAUAGAACUUCAGACAUUGAACUGAUGCAUACAUGCAAUAUUAGUUGCUACAUGAGGAAAAGGGAUCAAGUAAUGGAACAUAACCUGGUAGAAAAUUCUGUCUUCUAAAAGUAUAGAAAUUCGUGUGUCUUAAUGCUGAGUGCCAUGCAAAGAGAGGUCAUUUUCUUGGUAGAGAGGCUACUGCACCAGCUUAAUGUGGACAUGGCUUGAAAUGUAGCAUUCUAGUUUAAAUUUCUUUCUUGAUGAGCUAUCAUACAUUACCUACUCAAAGUAGGUAAAGUAUUGAGAGAAAUCUUGGAAAGAGUUUCUUCCCAUGUCUUACAGUGCUAGCAAUUUUGGCAACCCAGUUUCUAAAAGAUGCUUUUAUAACAUGGUGUGGUUUUCCUUGUUGCAUACAGAAAAGAAUAGUGCCCCCACAAGCACUAGGACAUCACUAGUGACAUUUUCUAUUUAACCCUCUUAGCAACCUAGUCUUAGCAUAAUCUUGUUGUGUUUCUCUUAAAGGGUCUUCUAAUCCUCAUUACAUUGACAUAGUAAAAUAUGAAAGUAUUGGUAUUUGCCAAGACAAAAAGAAAACUAGGAUUUUGAUUAUUUGAGUCUUUGUUCAGUGAAUGAAAGUGAAUUAUUUUGAUACAUGGUCCUGAUCCUUGCUUACAAAAUGUGGAGACUCACUCUGACUUCCCAGGAGUCCUGCAAAGGUGAAGCUACUUGUAGAAGAGGUUCUACACUGAAGUGUUGUCCCUAUAUUGCAUGAAGAAAAGUGAGAUGCCACAAAGCCCAGAAAGUGCCUACUUUGAAGCCAGUUGUCUGGAAGCAGACUGGAAUUGCUGAGUAAUGGUCAGGUUUAUCUGAGAAAGUCACCCAAGUCAUCCUUCACACCUGUUCAUUCUGAGUUGACGAAGAUGACAGCUUAUGGAAUGUAGAAGGCCUGAGAGCCUUUUGGAUAAAGUUUAUAAAGAAUCCUGUUUGAAAGGAAGCUUAGUUGAAUGAAUGAACUACUAAGUGAUUGUUUAUUUUGUAAUUUUUAGUGACCAAAAAAAAAAAAACCAAACAAAAAAAAAACCAAACUGAUUUCUAAUGCAGACCAGGCCACUGUAGAACUUUUGUGCUCAUUUUUCAGAAUUCAAGGUUGUCUUCCAUAUGAAAAUGGACUUGAAAGAGAGCAGAGCGUGAUUAAUGUAUUCACAUAGAGGACUUUCAAACUUGUCAUCUUCAUUCCAACUUGGGGGUAGGAAAGGGGUAGGAAAGAAAUUAGUCUUUGACUAAUCAAGCUUCUGAGUAGUUAGACACAAAGGAUGCUGAGAAAAUGUCAUUUCAAUUCAAUAUGGAAUUAAAUUAGUAGUCCAUUUAUGUGGUCAAACUUUGUCUUAUUAGUCCCCAUGCCUUAUUCCACAGAAUAAGAGUGGCCCCAUUUAUUGCUAGCAGCAUGGGUGGGGGUGUCACUAUCAUCACAUACCGGCAGUGGUAUAGUUUUGACAGAGAGAACAUAAAAAUCCACUCAUUCCUUUUCAUAAUCCUUCUGUGGGAACUACCUGGGAAUCUUAAGCUUUCCUAGAGAAGAAGGAAAUCCCACACUUAAAGAAGGUUGUGUGUUUCUUUCUCACAACACCAUAGACUGGGCAUAUCAACUCCAAUCAUCCAGGGUACUUCUUAGGGUGACCAUGAUGCCUUGGAGCCAAACAAAUCACACUAUGAUAUCAAGUGUCUCAUCAAACAAACAGCAAGGAACAUCCUGGGUUGGAUCCCUUAGACCUCCAAAUGCCUUGUGGUUCCAUAGACAAAUAAGAUCUCUUUCGAGGAAAAAAGUUGUCUCAGCUGUAAGUGAGCAAUUCCAUCCAGAGCAAAGAUCUGCCUCAUAUUUGCUCUGGCAUAACCUCUCUUCUGCCUUGUCUCCAGUGGAAGUGAAUGCAAUCAUGUGAGAUAUUUAAUGUGAACCACUGGUUCCAAGCUACAGAGACAUCACUGAGAUCAGAAGACAAUUGUGCAACUCACCAGAGGUUCAGACCAUCCUCCUGUAACCUGCCUUAUUCUCAGUAUGAGUUCUAAGGGAAUAAAAGUAGCCAAGAGCUGACAGCACCAUCUAUCUAAAAUGUCAUCUGCAGGGAGAGCUGCUCGAGUGGCACCUUGCUGAGCUGAUAGUUAUAGUAGGGCACUUGGGUUUGACAGUCUCACACCUGCCUUUUGAUGAUGACUCAAUGAAGGUGGGGCAGGUCAUCUCCUGUGUGUUGAAUGAGAACUCUUUUGUUGUUUUUAAGUGAGACUCUGGCUUGCUAGCAUCAGCUGCUAUGUUCCGGUGUAGUAAGUUGAAUCUAGUAGCCAAGAGUUUACUUUAGAAACAACACAUGUGAAUGCUGUCUUUGUCUCUUUGAUACCUAAAAUGACACUCACACUUUAAAACCUAGUUUGGACAAUCCAUAGAGGAGUAUCAUAGGAAUGAGUGUGCUUAUGUCAAACCAUAAAACCAUUAUUUGACAAUACUUUUAAAAUAAGACCUAAAAACAAAAAUUUUCCCACUUCCAGUUUUCAUAGACAUUUAUUAAAUUAGAAGAUACAUCUUAUCACCAAUUGCUGGCAAAUUGUGAAGAGCAAGAUCAAUUUUUUUAAUGUUCAUUUUAUUCUCCCAAGCAAGGUAUGCUAUAACUAUGGCCCAUUUGGAGCAUAUGGGCAGCCAUAUUUUGUCCACCCAAACACUGGGGAGCAUUACAAGGAAGGUCUGUCUGCUGGGCUGCUUUUUGAGAAGGCCUGAAGUAGAGAUGAGAAUACACAGCACAGGAUAUCUUCUCACAUCACCAUUAGAGGGACACAAGACAAUAUUUAAAUGUCCCAGUCUACCUUCAACUCUUGGCCAGUGAAAAUUUGUCUGGACCUGUGUAUGCUGAAAAAAACAAAACAAAACAAAACAAAACAAAACACUCCUGAAACCAUAAAGGAAGCAGAGACUUGAAUGAAGCACUGAAGGUCUGUGGUUGAAAGCACUUUCAGAAACCAACUGUCCUGGUGUUCAUGGGUAACUACCUGCAUGGGUGUCUGGGGUCUGACUGUGAUGAUUCUAUUUGCAGGCCUUGAAGGAACAGAGGAUGCUUUUUUCUGUUUUAUGCGUAGUCAAUCUGUGGAUGUACAAGUUAAAUAAAAGCACUCAUUUAAAGUGUAACUUCACAGUAAGACUGUUGCCUCCAAGGUUUUCUUUAUUUUUUAACCCAAAUCCACCUAAUCCUCUUAUUUUGAGGCAUGUUUUAUUAUGCCCACUAAAAUAAUUAAAUGAGAAGACCAUAAAGAAUCAUUGACUAUUUGGAAAGAAAUUGCCUAAAGUAGAAUAGGGGGAAUUUAACAUGCAAUGAUGGGACUUUUGGGGGGAACUUUUUAUAGAGAGCUGACAUAGUGUAUUUGGGGAGAAUUUUAUAGAAGAUAACAAAGAGUGUUUUAACUGUGAAAAUAAAGAUGUGGAAUUAUCUACAACCUUUAUGUGCAAUAGGGAAACUGCAGCAAGACCCUUGCUGUGCUCACUGCCCCUCACCGUUUACUCGCGCCUUCCUAGAGAUGUUUAGAUUGUAAAGCUAGCCUUGUGUUUCCUGUCCUUUACUGAUACUUAACAUGUUUUUCUCUAAGCUUUUUUUUUAUUUUUACAAAAUUUAAAAUAAAAAGAUUAACUGGCUGA